AUAUGUGACGUCAUCUCGAUCGAAAAUUACGACCUCGCCCUACUACCAAAACCGGUCUGUGCUGUCGAAGUGACUGUUGAAAAACACACAUUCUUCACAGAUCUUGCCUGUUUAAUCCAAAUAGUUGUAUACAUUAAGGGAGUAGAUUUCUCUAUAUAAUCUAAUAUUCGCACAAUGAGGGAAUACAAGCUUGUGGUUUUAGGCUCUGGAGGUGUGGGCAAGAGUGCUUUGACAGUGCAGUUUGUUCAGGGAAUUUUUGUUGAAAAAUAUGAUCCUACAAUUGAAGAUAGUUACAGGAAGCAAGUUGAAGUUGAUGGACAACAAUGCAUGCUCGAGAUCUUGGAUACAGCAGGCACAGAACAAUUUACAGCAAUGAGAGAUUUGUACAUGAAGAACGGGCAGGGUUUUGUUCUUGUGUAUUCUAUCACAGCACAAUCUACCUUUAAUGAUCUACAUGAUUUACGAGAGCAGAUUCUACGAGUCAAAGACACAGAUAAUGUUCCCAUGGUACUUGUAGGAAACAAAUGUGAUUUAGAAGAUGAGAGAGUAGUAGGAAAGGAUCAGGGAGCCAGCUUAGCAAGGCAAUUCAAUGGAUGUACAUUCUUGGAGACCUCAGCUAAAGCCAAGGUCAAUGUUAAUGACCUCUUCUAUGACCUAGUCAGACAGAUCAAUCGACUUACACCAGAAUCACGGAAGAAACCAGGAAAAGGAGGAAAGGGUGACAGAAAGAAAUGCAUAAUUGUGUAAUAAAUGGCUAUUUGGUAUGAAAAAAAAAUAUUUGUUUGAUGGGAUGAAACGGGGUGAAAAGAGGAUUUUGUAAGAGCUUUUAACAAUCCAUCGGGUUUGUGACAGUGACAAAUUCUGUGCAGCUUAGAGAAUGACACUUUCAUCAUAUUGGUAGCCCUUGUGGUGAUUUGUGCUCUCUCCAUAGAGUUGAGAUUAUUCAAAUCUUCUGCAUGAAAAUAGAGGAAAUCUUGACAAUGAACAAAGAUUUCUUACAUUUUCUAGCCAUUAGAUAACAUUUAUCCUCUCAGCAAUGCUUGUUUGUUAUAGCACUGUACUAUACUUGAAAACUCAGAAACAUCUAAAACAUAAUUGUUCUUAUUGAUGCAAGAGUUUAAAUGAAAGCUGCAUUUCUUUAUUAAUAUCCCUUGACUUGAUUAAUAGAGGAACAAAUUUUCCACAUACAUAUAAUAUAAGCCUUGAAAACUGGUAAAAAUCAGUGUGAGAAGAAUGUUUGGGAAAGAUUGGUUCAAGUUGAAAAAGGAGAAAGUGGAUGGAAUUGACAAACAAAAGUUGCAAAGAUUGUCUGUAUCGAGUGUUGGGGUCUUCUGUAUGGGACCAGUAUUACUGGGAUAAAUUUUGUACAUUCAGAAAAAAAAAGCAAAAGCCUUCAACUCUGCUUUGUUUUGUAUUGUUCAACUGUACAAAUUUUGGUACAUGUAAUUGACUAUAACAUAGGACAGUAUAUCUAUCACUUGUUCACUUCAUAUUAGAUUACAUUAUUGCACCCUAGUCCCUAAUUAUACAUGUAAAAAAAUUAUGUCUUUUGUUAAGCCUUGUUUGUAAAGCCUAAUAUGUAAUGCCUCAUUCAGAUUUCAUGUAAAAAAUUGGCAGCAGCAAAACCUUGUUAGAAAACAAUGCAGGGUGUGAAGGGGGCACAGAAGAAAACACUCAAUAAUCAUCUCAAAUGUGCAUCACACUCAUCUUAUCUUUAAAUCAUUUGCAUUUUUAUGUCUGAAUGAGACUUUAUAUAUGAAGCUGGUCAAGAGGAAUAGUUGAAAGAAGUUACUUCUUGUAAGUCAGUCAUUUCUGAGGACUUCACAUUGGUCACUUAGUCUUGGACUGUAUAUCAACUUGCGAUGAUCAACCAUAUGUUGUUGCUAUGUAUGCACAUUGUUUGAUAUUGUAACAUCAAUUGCAUCAUCAGAUAUCUGAUGUUCUGAGUUGUAUGGUCUUUGGUAAUAUGCAAUUAAUGUAGUGUACUGUUAGGAAGAAUUUUAGAUCUACCUGUAUAUCUUGAGUAGAAAAGUCAAUUCUCCCAUGUCAUUCCCUUACUAGUCCAUACCAUCCUUAUUCAUCCCAAACCCUUAUUAAAAUUACCACUUUGUUUUCUUCAUAUCAUAACAUUUUUUUAGAAUGAGGGGACAGGGCAUGCUUAUUCAUAAUUUGUAUAAUUGAGAUGAGAUAGGAUCAUAUUCAUCUCACAAUAAAUUUUUCAUAUACACUUCUAUAUUACACUCCUGAAUUCAUUGACUUGGUACAGUAUUGUUACUGGUUAUUGUAAUGAUAGUGUGACAUUAAAGGACAAUGAUUUCUGUUUUACCUGACAUCGUAAUAGUUAGACAUCUGUGCUUCUCAGCCAAUCAAAGAAAGUCAUCAGUCCUGGUGGUGUAUUACCAAAUAGCUUUUUAGCUGAGGAAUGAGAACAAUGUAUAAUUAAGAUAUAUCUCUGCCAUUCAGGAUAUAUAGCAUAAAUACUUAUGAGAGUAACAACAACAACAAAAAUAUUGUUUCAUAAGUAUGUUCAAAUGGUAAUCCUAGUUCAGUACUGGGCAGCUGAAACAAAUGAUAUCAAAAAUAUGAUUGACAUUUUUAAAACAAAUUGUUAAAUGAACUCCCUUGAUUAAUGUACCUAUGUUUGUUUGUAUGUCUGCAUGCUCUUCCAAUUAAUAUUAAAUAUGUCUCAGUGAGUAUUGCAUUAUUUAAAUUGCUAUAGGUCUUAUUUAUCUGGAACUGUUAUAUAUGUAUACUUUGUCAUCAUCUUAAUAAUUAUUCAUUGAUAUCUUUACUUUUUUUUUACUUUAUGUUGUAGACAAAUAUAAUCAUUGAGUAUUUUGAUAUCUAUGACUAGAUUUGUUAACAUAAGAAAUUCAUUGUAAACGACAAUAGGUUAUAUGCACAGUUUGUAUUUUUUAACCAAAAUUUCAAUACCCUUCUCAACAUUACAAAGGUUGAUCAUAAAUAAAUAGUAGAAGAGAUAAAGAAUUUCUCAGAUCAUUUUAGAUUCAAAGCAAAUCUGUAAUACAAAUUUAAACAGAAAGUGUUUUUAAAUCAAAUUUUACAUUGGAAAAUGACAGCAAUAUUGCCUUAACAAAGGAGCUUUGAAAGAAAUUUAUAAAGAAUAAAUCUAUGAUGUUGAGCUUGCCAAUAAAUCUAUGAAAUGGUUGUAUAAUAACUCUUACUUGUUUCAUUUUGUACUAUUAAUCAUUUGGGUUACCAUAUUGAAUUUUGGAGUAGGAAAAUCUGGCAAAUACUUGCAAUGCAGUGAUUCGUAACUUUUGUUGUCAUUUGAUAAGUUUCAUUUUUAUCAUGGAUGUAAUCAUCAUUGCCAUGUGUCAAACAAUACAGUAGAAUGAUGAUGGUAGAUAGAGCAGAAUGUUGUAAGAAAAAUGAAAUCAACAUAUUAUUAGGAAAGAUUGAUUUGUUUUACGUGUUUACAUGCAUUUCUCUACAUGCAUGUACACUUUGAUAUGAAUGAUUGAAAUUUAGAUGCAUGCAUGUGUAUUUAGGUUUGAUUUUUUUUCUUGUAAAUAAUGGAGAGGUCUAAGGGUUCAUUUGCAAAACCAGAUCUGUCCAUUGUGGCAGCUUAAGUCUUAAAGGUUGUAGAUUCUUUUCUCUCUCUCUAUCUGUACUCAUUUCAACAUGAUUGUUUAAUAUUUUCUAUCUGGUAUCCCAUUUCCAUAGUAAUGUAUGAUCACAAUUAAUUCAUGGCCACUUCUCUUAGGACACCAAUAACCAGGGUUUUUCAAUGUAAAUUGAUGAAUAAAAAAUAACUUUGAUUUAAUUAAGAUUAAAGAUUCAAACUGGAGCUUACACAAGUUUAUCAGACAAGAUUGAUAUGAUCACACUUAUUAUUUUUCUUGGAAUAUCAGAUUUAUGACAAAUUUAUUGAUGCAUGGUUAAUUAGUAUUGAGAGAGUGCAUAUAAAGCCUAACUGAAUCUUUCAUGCUCAGUUGUCAAAAUUACAUAAAAGAAAACAAAUUCUCAUCUAUUUUACGUGUAUACUAGAACUAAGAAUUGCCUUGCAUUGAAAGUAAACAUUUUAUGAAUAAAUAUCUCUUCUAUUUUAUUGAAUUUUAAUUUCUUUAUUUAACAACUUUUUAUCAGUAGGACAGGUAUUAAACUUCUGUAAGUGUUCAUCAUUUAGAAGGCUUUUCUAGCAUUUGUAUGUUUGUAAAUUGUGAUGCCAUUAAAAUGAUUUUUAUGUUGGUUGUCUGGGCUUGCAUUGUGAGGAAGCCUUAAUCAAUAAAUAUGCUUUACUGUACAG